AGGCAGUGGAAAAGCCAUGGGAACGUGUACACAUAGAUGGGCAACCACAUGAUCGUGGUUUUAAAUUUGGAUCUAAGAAGGAUACCACUGAGGUAGUUUUCAAGAAAUCUGGUGUUCUCCAGCUGACUUCUGGCAUUGAAGGGUUAGCUCUAUGCAAGACAACCCUGGUUUUGAAGGCUUUGUUAGGGACAAAUAUACAGCUUUGCCUGAAACAGGAGAAGGGAUCCCGGGAACUGAAUUUACUGCACUGUGGAGGUACUCAUAUGAAUCUAUCUCAAGCAUCCCUCAAAAGCCAUUUUACUUCAAUGAGAGAUCCCUAGACGUGAAAAAAGUUUUGAUGGAAGCUUUCUUUGGUCCUCCAAAAGAAGGGGUAUAUAGCCCAUCUGUUCAGAGUACUCUUGUCCAAGAAGGCUGUUCUUAGCAGGUUUCCUGACAUAACAAGCAUUCAACUUUAAAUGCCAAAUAUCUCUUUUUUUUUAGCAAGCCAAAAAUCCAUUUCUUACCGGUUAAUUUAUCAAACAACGAAAAUGGGACUAUAGUAAAGUUCGAAGAUGAUCUCUAUGUACCAACGGAUGAACCUCUUGGAUCAAUUCAAGCUAAACUGAUCCGCUUCUAGUCAAAGAUGUAGAAGUCCUCCGAUAUUGUUAUAUGUGCUGCUGUCGCUAUAGUCCGCAGCUUAUGCUACCUGCUUGUUCAUUCUCAAAAAAAUGGGCUGAGAAAUUGUAUAAUUCUCGUGUAUAUUCAUAAGAAAAUUGCAACUGCAUG